CAAGAGAAGGACAAAAAAUAGAAACAAAGUGGGAGGAGAUGGAGCCAUGCUACAGUGGGAUAAAGAAAUGCAGGUGGAGUGAAGACAAAGAGUCCAGAGUUUUGACCACCAAAGUGAGCAACCAUCAGUCGUACAAACUGUAAAAAGUCUCCUGGAGAAAGGCAGGAAUAAAGAACAAGAAAUGGCGCAACAAAAGGCGCCGCAGAAGCCAAAGAUUGAACUCUUCAUUAAGGCCAGUACUGACUGUGAAGGUGUGGGCAGCUGUCCCUUUUGUCAGAGACUCUUCAUGAUUCUUUGGCUAAAAGAGGCCAACUUUACCAUCAACACUGUGAACAUGAACAGGGCACCUGAAGUACUCAGAACUUUGGCGCCAGGUGCUCAACUUCCCCUUCUCGUGUACAACAGUGAGGUCAAAACAGACACCAAUAAGAUUGAAGAGUUCCUGGAGGCGACUCUAUCCCCGCCUCAGUAUCCAAAACUGGCUUGUAAAAACAGAGAGUCUAACACUGCUGGUGAUGAUAUCUUCAGAAAAUUCUCAGCCUACAUAAAAAAUCCUGACCCUGGAUCAAAUGAAGGGCUAGAGAGGAGCUUUCUAAUUAGUUUGAUGAAGUUGGACAGGUUCCUAUUGACCCCUCACCCUGAGGAACUCGAUGAGAACCCGAAUAUCACUGAGUCUAAACGACUCUUCCUUGACGGCAACAAGCUCAUGUUAGCAGACUGCAACUUGCUUCCAAAGCUCAACAUAAUCAAGGUGGCGUGUAAGGAGUACCGUGGCUUUGAUAUUCCUGAAACUCUUAAAGGCUUGACACGCUACCUGCGUAAUGCCUACGAACAAGAACAGUUUCGUUUGACUUGCCCUAAUGAUUCUGAGAUCCUCAGGGUUUACCAGUCAAUGGUGAAGCACAUGUAAAAAUACAAAAAAGCCUAAUAAAAGCAGGACAAACAGAGUGGAAUGUUCAAGAUGAUAACAUUUUUAUUUGUAUUAGUUUUAUUUAUAUUAGAUGUAAUGGAAUCUGAACAAUGAAACUCUGCAGUAAUAUUUUACAUACUCAAAUUCAGUUUUUGCUAAAUAUACAUAUUCCAUUUGUUAAACACUGCAUACGUUAAAUCAGUUAUAGUAUUUGCUUUAUUUCCAUGUAAUGUUAUUUAAAAAUAAUAGUUAUUUUAGUUUUUAUUGAUGAUGUCAGAUUUAUAGUGGGUCACCAGUUUGCAUACAUCAAGAUGAAUGCCUUCUUAAUCAACAGGGAAAAGUCCAAAAGUUUCCAAAAAUUGAUGGAAUUAUUGUCAAAGCUUUUGAGCUGGCAUGACACGAUGACUCGGAGUUAACUGGGUGAACCUUGCCUGUAUGCAAGAGGUGACCUAUAGAAGCAGUGCCUUUUUGAGUUAAAGAUCAGGAGGAAAAGAAAAUCAGAAGAAUUACAACAAGGCUUCCACAGCAAAAUGUUGGAUCUCCAUAAGUACAGUUUCCAAGGCAUCACAUGGAAAUGUGACAUCAUCCAUCUUUAAGAGAGUGCUCAACACCAUGGGCUCCUGAAAACCCAUAGACCCUGGAUUAAUCUAUGUUUUCAGCCUUUGAGGUCAUGGUGAUGUCUUCAAGGUGAAUGAUGUCACAUUUCUAUCUGAUGCCUUCAAUUCCAUUGGUUCCUUUGUUCCUGCUGGUCUUUUCACACAAAAGUAUAUUCAUUUCUUUGUAUUAAUUUGGGCCUCAUUCCCCAAUGAGGUAAAUCUAUAGGGUCCCAAGCUUCUUACUUUUUUUUUUGCAUGCAGUAAUUUCUAAAAGUAAUCUAUCCAUUUCUGAACUCUUCUGGAGCCUUCCAUGCUGUUCUCAGGAAGCACUGACAAUCUAAUGUAGUUAAUAAAAAUUUAAAUAAAUCUUUAUUGUAAUGAUUAUUUUAAAUAACUUUAUAUGGAAAUAAAGUCGACAUGCAGUUGGGGAAAUUUUAAUUUGAACGUUUCUGUUUUGGGUGUAUGUAAACUUAUGUCUGCAGCUGUAAAUAGAUUUCUUGGCAAUGCAUUUCUGUGCUUAUGAAUCUUUGACACUAUAAGCGGGAAGCUGCCACUUCCAAGUAAUUAAAGAUGUUUUCAAUUGUAUGUAUUGCAUUCUUAUUCUUCCCCUGUAAGAGUGCAGUGUAAAUCAAAAAAGACCAUAUUUACAUCUGAUUGUCUUGUCUGCCUGUGCAUUUACUCAAUGCUGUUUAGAAUUAAGUCAUUUUUGUAAAAGUAUAUAAAGGAUUAAUCCAAAUUUGUGUUAUUUUGCAUGUUUAGAAUGUCACUCAUGCAAUUAUAAAUAUAUUAAUAUCAUAGUUUUGGCACUGUAUAUUUAACACUGGCCCAUUUUAAAUGCAAAUCUGUUGAUAUGUUCAGGACAUACACAGGGAAAAA